AUGAACAGUAACAAUUUCAUUCUAUCUGUGUACAAUCAGAAGAUUAAAAAUAUAAAUAAUAUUUCCGAAUCAGAUGAAACAAAUUCUUAUCAUAGUUUUGAUACGUAUUCAAAGAGUGAAGAAGAAAAUAAUACACACAUUUUUAAUGAUAGAACACAUAAAUAUCAAAUUGACUACUUAAAAAAUCUUCUUAAUAAUUUUAUUGAAAAAAGUAACGAUUUUUAUAUAUACAAAAAAAUUAUUUUAUCAUUAAAGCGUGUUAACGAGAAAUUUCCAUUUCCUAAAUGUUAUUAUUAUACCGCCAAAUUAGGUAGUAAAAAAAGAAAAAAUAAAAAAAUAAAUAUUUAUAAGAAUAUAUAUAAUAAAAGUAAUAAUAAUAUAUAUAGUAAUAAUAAUAUAUAUAGUAAUAAUAACAUAUAUAGUAAUAAUAAUAGAUAUAGUAAUAAUAAUAGUUGUAGUAAUAAUAAUUGUAGUAAAAUAAAAUUUCCUCGUUUGUGCUCUUCUUCUUCUUCCUUUUUGGCUAGCUAUAAUACAUAUAAUAAGAAACAAAUUGGAAAGAUAAAGAAAUAUCGAACAAUUAGGUAUAUAAAAAGUAUAAUUCAAAGAAUAAAGUAUGAAAUAAUUUUUAAUAAUCCACAAAAUUGUAAAAGACAAAAUAAAAUAGAAAAUAAAUCAAAAAGGAACAUAUACCAUUUAGUGUGGAUAUUAAAAAAAAAAAAAAAAAAUAGCUACCUGGGUACAAAUUGGUCAUGUGUUCAUAAAAAAAAAAAAAAAAAAAAAAAUUUGUCAAUAAGAAAAAUAAAAAAAAGGAUAUCAUUAAAUUUUGUGAAUUACGAUAUGAAAAGCACCACUAUAGAAAAUUGUGCAGACGAACAACAUUGUAACAUGGAGGAAGAAGAAGUUGAACAGAUUAAGGACGAAUGUAAUAUAAAACAUCUAAAACAAAAUGAUAAUAAAAUAAAUGUUAACCAAAAUGAGCAGGAAAAGUUUUAUCCUUAUGAUAAUAUAAACGAAGAGGAAAUAUCCCAUCCAUAUAAUUUAUAUACAAACAACGAAAAUUAUGAGGAAAAAAAAAAAAAAACAAGUAAUAAUUUGACAGCACAAAAUGAAGAUAUAGUACAAGAAAAGAUACACACACCUUUUGGUGGAGAUAAUUAUAAUCAAGAAUUAGAAGAAAAUAUUAAUAAAUCCAAUAUUAUUAGUAAUAAUGAAAUAUAUACAUAUAAUAUAAAUAAUAGUUUUUCAAUAUAUAAAAAUGUAGGUAAUACGUAUGAUAAUAAUAUUAAUGAUAUACAAAAUAAUAAAACAUAUGUGAAAAAUAAUGAUGAUCAAUAUAAUGUGGACAAUAAUAAUAAUAAUGUGGACAAUAAUAAUAAUGUGGACAAUAAUAAUAAUGUGGACGAUAAUAAUAAUAUGGACGAUAAUAAUAAUAUGGAUAAUAAUAAUAAUGUGAACAAUAAUAAUAAUGUGAACAAUAAUAAUAAUGUGAACAAUAAUAAUAAUGUGAACAAUAAUAAUAAUAUUUAUAAUAAGAAGAAUAACAUUAUUGAAUAUAUGAAGAACCCAUGCAAUUAUAAUAUAUGCUUUCCAAAUAUUAUGACAAAUAAUAUUUUAAGUGAAGAUGCAUAUGAGGAAAACUUAACGACACCCAAAAAAAUAGUAAAAAAAAAACAACUAAAUGCAUGUUGUACAUUUAAUAUUCCUAGUAAUAGUAAUAGUACACUUUUUUAUAGUAAUCAAAGUAAAAUGUUUUAUAGACCUUCCAAUAUUUAUUUAGACCCUAUGAUGGAUUCUUCUUACGUAUAUUGGAAUGAACAAGAUUGGGUCACUCGAGAAAAUAAUAAAAAUAAUGACAACUAUAAUGAAAAUUAUAAGAGGGAUUAUUUUAUGAAUACAACAAAAACGGAUACACAUAAUAUAUUAAAUACAAAUAAUAUAAAUGGGAUAUAUAAUAGUUCCAGUUUUUAUAAUAAUAAUAAUGAAGUAAAUUAUCAAGUCGAAGAAAAUAAAAAUAAUAAAAGACAUAACAUUAAUGAUCAUAAAACAUCUUUUCAUUAUAAUAAUUUUGUUUUACCAUAUCCAUAUGAAUCUAAUACACAACAUAUAUCUUCUACAUAUAAUAAAUAUGUACAACAUGUACACAUGAAACGUGAUGAAAAAGGUUCUAUUCCAUAUAAUAUGUUCAAAGAUGAUAAUAAUAAAGAGAACUUUUAUAUCCAUGAUAAUAAUAAAUAUACAAUUUAUGAUAAAAAUAAAUAUCACAAUAAAUAUACAUACACAAAUAAACUACCAUCCGUUCCAUUUAAAUCAUUAAAAAGUAAUUUAGAUGAACAAAAAUAUUUAUCAACAGGAAUUUUACAAAAAGACAAAAAUUCUUUUGAAAAUGUGAAAAAUUCUUUUGAAGAAGAGAAAAAAAAUUUUGAAAAAGUGAAAAAUUCUUUUGAAAAAGAAAAAAAUGUUUUUUUUCAUUCUAUACAAAAUGUUUUGUGUUUAAAAAAAGAAAUAAAAAAAAUAAAAAUAAAUUUAAAUAACCAAAGAAAAUAUACUUUUCUCCAUAUGGAUGAAAAAAAAAAAAAUGAGCUCGAUAAUUUGAUAGGUUAUUUAAUGUAUCAAAAAAUGAUUAGAAAAAAAUUAAAAGAAUAUUAUUUUAAUAAAAUAAAUAAGGCAUUCUUUACUUUCUUAUUACGUAGUAAUCACGCUAACUUUUCUUUUUCGCCACAUGAAGUUAUGUUAUUAAAAAAAUGGAAUCUAUUAAAAUUUAAACAAGCCAGAAAAAAUCACAUCCUCCGGAACAUUAAAAAAAAUACACAAACGGAUUAUUCUCACGAUUCUCAAAAGGUGGUAACAACACCUAGACAAGAACAAGAACAAGAACAUAAUGAAAAAAUUGUGGAUAAUAUAAGUAUUUCUUUUCCGGUAACAAACAAUAAUAUAGUAUUCAAACCCUUGAACGAAUAUAUGCGUAAAAAAUAUGAUGUUAAUAAUUUAAAAAAAACGGAACAAAGAGAUAAUAUAAUAAGAUAUGAUGAUCAAAAUAGAAGGACCUUAGAUAAUAAUAAUAAUAAUAAUAAUAAAAAAGUAAAUAAUACUAUUUAUAAAGAGAAGGAUAAUAUUUAUGUUGAUGAUUCUUUGUUAAAUAAUAAUGAACAUAGUUUAUUAAAAUCGAAUAACAUCCUUUCAUAUUUAAGUACACAUAGGAUUAUAUAUAUGAAAAAGAAAAAGAAGGAUUUAAAUUGUAAUCAUUUAAAUGAAGAUAAUGAUUAUAGUAAUAAUAAAUUCUUACAAAUACCUUCUGAAUCUUUUUAUGAGUUAUAUGAUCAGAACAAAACAAAUAUAUUUGAUGUAUUUUUGUUUCUAAAAAAUAUUGGAUAUAAAAAUGUACAGAAAAGUUUUAAAAAGAAAUUAAAAAAAAAAUAUAUAUAUUUAUCAAAAAUAAAUAAUUGUAAUAAAAUGUUAAGUCAUAUAAAAUAUUUAUUUGUAAAAUUAUUAAGAAACCAAAUUAAAGAUAUAAUAGGUAUAUAUAUAAAUGAUUGUUUUAUAAAUUCAACAAUCUGUUUCUUCCUAUCAUUGAUCUUGUUUAUAUUUAAAAAUAUACAUACUAUCAAAAUUAUCAGAUCACAUAUAUAUUUGUCUUAUUUUAAUAUAUUCCUUGAUUAUUUCAGAAAUAAUAAUUUAAAAUGCAUGUAUUUUAUAUGUAAUAAUAUACUCUACGAUUUGAUGAUAGAAAUGGAUACACGUAGUAAUAAUGAUAACAAUGAAACCAGUGAAUAUAAGAACGAUGAAAUACUAAUCAAUAAUAAUAUUUAUAAUAAAAAUAUGUGUGAUAAUGAUUAUCAACCUAAACGUUAUAAAAAUUUUCUUAUUUACUUUAAUCAAAAUUAUAUUAAAAAAAGAAAAAACAAAAAAAGAAAUGAUAUAUCUAUUCAUAACAAUAAAAGGGAUCAAGGCGGAAAACAACUUGUUCAGCAAUGUGAAGAAAACACGGAAAAAAAAUAUAUGCAAGAACAAAAAAUAAAUAUAAAUAAUUCUGAACAAGGAAAAGAAAAAAAAAUACAUAAAAGACGAAAAAAGAAAUAUAAAAUAAUUAUAAGGAAAGACAAAUGCAAAAAAUAUUUUAUUUCUACUUGUGAAGAAAAUAAAAUUGUUUAUAAGAAAAAAAAAAAAACAAUAUUUUUCGACGAUUAUGGAUUUUAUAAUUAUUUCACAAAAAAAAAAAAAAAAAACAAAAAAAAAAAACAAAAUCAACAAAUUGGGAACGAUAAUAAAGAAAAUAUAAAUGGGGCCCAGCUAACAAAUAAUAAUAAUGAUGGUAUGGAGAAAGCAUUAGACCAUGAUACAAAUUACAAGAAAAACGAAAAAAUGAACAAGCAGAAAAAAAAAAAUAAUAAUAAUAAUAAUAAAAUGGAAAGAAAGCAAAGCAAAUUACAACAAUUUAUAAAUAAAUUAAAAAUGAAGAAAGGAAAUGAUAGUACUACAAAGGAUUAUGAUAAUAAUAAUAAUAUUAACGAUGAUAAAAAGAAUAUUAACGAUGAUAAUAAUAAUAAUAAUAUUUAUGAUAAUAAUAUUAAUAUUUAUGAUGAUAAUAAUAAUUUUAAUGAUGAUGGUAGGGGUAACCACAUAAAUAAAUACAAUAUACAUAGCUCGUCAAAUAACCAAUCCUGCAUAUCCCUUGAUACAUUAGAUGGAAAUUCUUAUGAUACUUAUUCUCACAACAUUCCUAAGAAACAUUUAUAUUAUUUAGAUUUAAAUAAAUUGGAAAUUCUCAAAUUAUGCUCAAAUAAAUUAGAUGAUGAUGCUUUAAUAUAUAUAUCAAAUCUUAUAAAAAAAAAUAAAUUAAAUAAUUUAAAAGUCUUAGAUUUAAGAUGGAAUAAUUUCACAUAUAAAAGUUUAUUAACUUUAUCCUUCUCAUUAACUAAUAUAAUUAUAAAAAACAAAUCAACAAAUAAUCAUAUAAUAAAAAAUCAAAAAGAACAAAAAGAAGAAAGAAACAAAAAAAUACAAUUACGUAAAUUAUUAUUAUCAGGAAAUAAUAUCAACAGCUCUUUAUAUUCAUCUUUCUUAUCUAGCUUUUGUACAUGUAAUUAUGUUGUAGUUAAAAAUCUUGAUUUUUCAAUGAAUAAAAUUGACAAUGAUGGUUUAUAUAUUACAUAUAAAUAUUUACAACAUAUAAAAAAAAUACAAGAAAAAAAAAAAUUAGCAAUGUUUAAAAGGAACCAAAUCUAUAAAGAAUAUGAAAAAUUAACUCCUAAUCAAAAAGAAAUUCUCCAUAUGCAAAAAAAAAUUAAAAAUAAAAAAAAUAAACUAUGUAAUAUAUACAUAAAUCUAGAUCAUAAUAAUUUAAAAAAUUCCGUAUAUAUUAAUAAAAUAAAUAAACUUUUGAAUAAUUUCCCUAUUCAAAAUUAUAAAAAAAAAAAAUUUAAAAAGCACACAAAUCAUAAUAAUCAACAUGUGAUAUUAAGUAUGCAAUAUAAUAACAUAAAAAAUGUAUAUACAAACCAAGAAAAUAUAAAACAAAAACACAGAAUUCAAAUUUGA